UCCAAAUGGCGAACAAUGAAUGUCUGGUGAACACCUUGCAACAGAAUACGUACCUGCCAAACGUGUCUCUCCACCAGUAUGGUCUGGCGAGCGGAUCUUCCUCGUCAAAUCCGCAUCCGGCUUCGCUGAUGUACAAUUUUCCAGCCAUGUUGGGGAUGUAUGCGUCCAGAAUGGACCAGGCCGUUGAGAGAGUUCACUUACAAGACGCGGCCGCAAAACAGAUGAAGAAGUUGCGGCCAAAGAAGUUCAGGUGCGAACUCUGCGACGUCGCGUUCAGCAAUAACGGGCAGCUCAAGGGACACAUUCGUAUACAUACUGGUGAGAGGCCGUUCAAAUGCGAUGCAGAGGGUUGCGGGAAAUCGUUCACCAGAAACGAAGAGCUGACGAGGCACAAGAGAAUACACACAGGAGUUCGCCCACACGGAUGCAUAGUCUGCGGAAAACAUUUCGGAAGAAAGGAUCAUCUGAAGAAACACAUGAGAACGCACGAAAAUCGAGAUCCUUAUCGAGUGUCGGCAGCAGCGCUAGGAAUGUUCGCAAUCGGUCAAGUUCUCCCACCGGCUCCUCCAUUUCCUCCAUAUUUGUAUCCCUUUUGACACGAAUUUGAUCACAGCGAUGGAAUCGCCGUGUAUUUUAUAGAAAUCGAUAGAUGAUGUUACAACUUCUUUUAUAUUUUAUACAGUUUGACCAAGAGAUUUUAUAUAUUUUG